AUGGAAGAAGUCCUAAUACUAGAUCAAGCAGACAAUUAUGAAUCAAUAGAUGGAAACUCUGAAUUGGAGGAUUCUUUCAAUCCUAAUGAUAUUCUUGCUACAGACGAAUACAGGAUAGACUUGAAUGACUUGAUAGACAACAAUGUACUAGAGAGUCAGAGAGAUGAGUUAGACAACGAAAAGCAUACAUUAGGUUCAAUACCAGAUAUUCUGAGCCAAAAAGACAUUAUUAUACCGAUUAGUCCUAUCAAGAAGCAAGGCCAAUCAUCAUUUGCAAAUGUUCAAUCUCAAAGCGACACUAAUGGAAUUAAUUUUAUACGAUCAAAUUCACCUAAAACAUGUCUCAGGCCAAACUUAAUGAACACAAAUAUAGUUGCUAAUGAACUUUUUCAAGUUACAAGUACACUCAGGGGAGUAUCCCGUCCUCAUUUUGAUAUAUCGAAUUUUGAUGAUCCUAUGAAUGAAGAUUUCUUUGAUUCUAAAGGGCUUAACAAUGACAAACUAAACAAAUUGGUUGAUGAAUUAGGCUUAAAAUACAGUAGGGACUUUGAGUUUGAACUAGAUGAUCAAUUACGGACAAGGUUCUUCAAAGGAAGAUUCAAUAAAGAGGUUCUAAAUUCAAAUUCCAAAGACGAAUUGGAUAGACAAUUGAGUAAUUAUCUAAAUCAAAAUAUAUCAAGAAGGCAGCAGUCCCAGAAUAAGGAGAACUUGGCACCUUCACCAGACCCAUUGAAAUCUAUCAAGAGCAGGGAUAAUAAUUCAAUCAAAAAAUCUAAUAAGAUGUUUUUCAAAACACCUCGAAGAAACACUAACUUGACCUCUGGCACUAGACCCCUCUCAAACCUAACAAAUCUUGAGCAAAAAAAGGAUUGGCAAUCUGAAUCUGCCGAAAGUGCUAAGUCUCCUAGACGAAUAUGUUCUCCUAGGCAUCGUGCUGCUCCUGUACCCACAAAACCUUCCAUUAGGUAUGGGGAUGCUCGAUCAACUAUAUUUCUUGUAGACUCACUGACUGGUCAUAUCAAUGAUGCCACAAGGUUUGGAACAGAACUAAAUGCAUCAAACUGUGAGGGGUUUCCAUUACCAGAAGACGCUAAUGAAGUGGUUCAAAUUCCCACUAACGAUGAUUCGAAGUCCAAGAAGCAAAAAAUGGCAAUCAUAAAGGCAAUAAGAAAUAAACACUUCCGAAAGACAACAGAAAACAGCAAUAAUACAGAAAGACGUUCAGGGUUUUACUCGAGAGGCGAAUUCCAGAAAUACAGGGACUCUUUGAAAAAAGAAAAAGAAGAAAAACAUGAUCUUCUCGGCGUGGAGGUUGUCAACCAAACAUUAAUACCUCUUUCUAACACAAAGAAAAGCACGGAUGAUUUGUAUGACGACGACUUAACAAGUGAAAAGAAUAGAAAAAAGGAGUCCCGAAAGGUAAGAUGGGCAAAUGAUUUAAUUUGGUAA